CCUCUGUGGUCGUCUCUCCCAGCAAGUCUCAACAUUUCAAUUAUGAGAAGAUCUCUGUGAGCUGUGAGCAGUUUGGCCCUGGUGAAUGGAACGUGUGGCGAUACACAAGUUUGGAAAAAUUUAUGUCGCAGUGUGGGUCCGGCUGGGGCUUCGCCACUUUCUCUGCCUGCGAGAUUAAGACGGCGAAAACACCCGACAGUGGCGUGUACUGGUGUGAAUCUAAAAACGGAGACAGCAGCAAUGGCAUAAACAUCACUGUCACUGGUGGACCAGUGAUCCUGCAGAGUCCUGUCCUCCCUGUGAUGGAGGGAGAUGAUGUCUCUCUGCACUGUAAAACAAAGAGCCCUCCCUCCAACCUCACAGCUGCUUUCUAUAAAGAUGGCUCCCUCAUCAGGACUGAGCCUACAGGUCACAUGACCAUCCACCAUGUUUCCAGGUCUGAUGAAGGCCUCUACAAGUGUCACAUUGGCAGUCAUGGAGAGUCUCCACCCAGCUGGAUCUCUGUCACAG